CCUCCACCAACGGCACUCAAAUUGCAAUCCCCCAUAUGGGCUGUCCGCUCAUCAACCUGGCUCUUUUCCAGACGGUCUCACUCCGUCGACAUCUGCAGCGAGGAUGGCGAUGCCGGUGGCGAGGAUACGUCCUUUCCAGCCCUCGGACGAGAAGCUCGUCCAUUUCAUGAUCGGUAAAGCCAACAUGGAUGCACUUGCGGUCGCGAAUCGACAAGCGUACUUCCAUCCAUUGAUCCUUGCCCUAUGGGUCGGCCUGUCUGCCACGUUUGUUCAGGUCAUGGGCUGGUGGCCCGAUGCCGAGCGUGGUUCGUUAGGUUGGGUCAGACCCAUACCGGCGUUUGCAUGCAUUGCCGUGCCAUUGAUGUUCCUAUGUGACUGGUUCAAUCGCUCAACGUUUGAGGAUCAGACGCAAGACAUCCUGCACAGACCAGACGUAGCUGACAUCGCUUCGUACUAUUUGCGUUCCCCAUCAUCCGGGUUCUGGCUGCUCGAAUAUGGGGACAACUUCGUAGGCCUCAUCGCCGUGGACGCCUCCCCCGACUCUACUUCCAACAAAACCCUCUCGGAAUUGGCCUCCUCUAGGCAGAAAAACCAGAAGAUAGACUUGAAAAAGGGUACAUCAGAGACCGCCGCUAUCCGUCAUUUCUAUGUCGAAGAGCAGUAUAGACGAGCGGGCAUGCAGCACGACUUGCUCGCGCAUGCUGUCAAACACGUAUUCAGCUCAAGUCAAAAAGUCAAGACUAUAUCUGCUGUUGACUCUCCGUUGAAGCCAUAUGUAGGAGAUGCACUACGACAACAAGGCUUUGAACUCGAGCGGAAGACGGAGAAAGUGGGCAUUCUGAGAUGGCAGAAUACGGUUCGAGUACUGAGUAGGGAGCACUGGCGAGUUCCACAGGAAUAGGCUACACAUACUACUCGUGUACUGUCCAAGGCACCUGCGGCUUGUCUGAAUAGCGUUUAUUGACGCACGCAUUUAGUCGACUAAUCAAUAUAUUCCAUUCGGACU